GUUCCCGCCGCGCACGGCCUGGGCGGGACCAUCCCGGCCGGGCCGGGGGAGGGCCGCGGACUGGACCAAGUCACGCCGCGGGGGCGAGGCAGAGCCCGGGGCCUGGCGGUGGUGCGCUGCGUUCCCAAAUGUCAUACUGGCAGCAUUCAGCAUUCAGAGGACAAGCUGUUGGAAUACUUGGGAGUGGUGAUCUAUGAAGCCCUGGACUGGGGAAUUGACAGCCAACUGGAGCGACAACUGAGCGGUCCUUUGGAGAAAUUGCUGUGCCUCAUGUUGAAACUGGAUGAUGAGCCAAUGAAACCAGAAGUCACCCUGCAGGAUGUUAUCAAGGCCUGUGAGGAGCACUUGCCCAGGCCUUCUGAGGCUGCCAGACAUUAUGAAAUGACCUGUAGGAAUCUGUUUGCUGAAUAUAUGGAACUUCAAAAGCUUGUGACCAUCAUCCAAACCUCCAAAGAGCGACUGAGAAAAAUGGAUGUGGAAGAUUUGGUGGAAAAUCCCAUUCAAAAGAAGAAAAACUGUGGCGCAUCCCUGUGGCCCAGUGUCAUCAGUGAACUGCAGGCUGGCGUGAGGCUGCACAAGGCCAGUGAGCGACCACAGCGUUGUGUGCCUCCAAAAGAACGGAUCCGCUCUCCCUUUGAAUUGCUUUUGGAUGAUAUUCAGCACAAGAGAUACACCCUACGGAAGGUGAUCGUUGAGCAAAAACACAAGGACCCCAAAGUUGAUGUAGCUGCUCCCAAGCCUCAUCAAAAGCUGGUGUUGGAGAGGCAGCUGAAAGAGUGUGUGCCAUGUGAGACCAGCUGGCAUGAACGGUCCAUGGUAGAAAUAAAACAACCACAGAAGCUUCAGUCAGCAGCAGCACAGGAAAAAGGGAGCAGGCCCAGAGAAAUGCUUUUGACUCCAAAUACAGCCUUGAACUCUCCAAGUGACAGUUUUUUAACUCUCCAAGAUGCCAGUACUGAGUUUAAAGUUGUCAACACUAAAACACAGCAGCUGGGACCAGGAGUUCAGGAAACCACUCUCAAGCUGCCUGACAGCACCUGCCUUUCCUCCAGCAGGUCAUCGCUAGUAUCCUGCAACAGCACAGGUCUCACUGCAAAUUCCCUGUGUCCCCCAUGUCCACCCACACUAGGAGACAUUAAACCCAAGAGUUUCCUGAAUACUGGCCAACAGCAACUGCCUCCUUACAGAAGAAGGUCCAAAUCUUUAGAGACAGGCCUUCAAAGCAAGGAACUUGACUGUCUCUUUCCUACCAAGUGGCCAUCACCAACCAUUGCUGAGCUGAUUGGAACCAGAUAUUCAGAGAUGGUGCUGAAAGGGCAAGACUUCUUCCAAAGAGGUGGUGAUGGUGUCUUUCUAAGAGCAAAGAUCUGUUUCAGCUGCCAUAAGCAGAUGUUUCUUAAGUGGCCUUACAACUGUUACCUCUGCAGCAGUGUUGUCUGCUGUGACUGCUGCAUCAAGAUGUCGAUGCCCUUCCGAACAUGUGUACAUCUUCCACUUCACUUCCUAAAACUUUUGAGACUCUCCAGAGAGGACGACCCAGCUACUGAAGAGCAGAAGAGCUCAGAGUUGCUACAUGAAAUAGAGCAUGGGCAGUAUUUUGGUGUACCCGUUAUUUUGGAGCCACGUUGCCUAGCACGGCCUCUGUGCUGUUACACAGGGGCCAUGGCAGACUGGCUGACUGCAGACAUCUGUACCCGCUGUGAGCAGUACCUGAUGAAUGUGGCUUCCUGUCAGCAGCAAAGCAUCCCUCCCAGAAGAACUUCCUGGGCUUGAUCCAAGCUGCAAUAACUAUACCAUACGUUUCUCCUGUCACUUGUUCUGUACCUGAAAUAAAUGAAACAGCUUUAUGCACCUACUGACAUAAAGGCCUGAUUAGAAGACCUCCCUGCUAGUCAGUCUAAGUAGGGAGCACAGUUAGUAUUUCUGUAUUGUGAAGUAUUCUAAAGCUUUGUGGGUUUUGGAACUGUUUUGAUUCUUUUUAUGUUUCUUUGAGGAAAAUAAACGUUG